AGAGAGCGGAGCACAACUCUGCACAGCCGCACUCAUCACCCUGCGUUGCUUUUUUGAGUUUAGGAAAGGUGUUUCUCGACUACAUAUUUCUAAGAGCUUCAUAAGACCUCGUUAACGUACCGUUUUUGUUUCUAGAAAGGGAAAAAGGGCACUGGAAGGCAGGCGCGGCAGCUUUUGUAAUGGUAGGUUUACGCGCCAGAUUUGUUUGCGCGUUCUCUUUAUAACUCUCCUGCUCGUACAUUUGGUCUGCUAGUUGUUACCUUUUUUGUUUUUUUUUUAACAGCAUAUUCAUUUAUAAACAGGGAAAAGACAAGUUAUCGUCACAGAAGAGGGAGAAAGAGAUCCGUGCAUUGUUCUCAAGAGAGCGCUUUUUGAAGGGGACUCAAUUCACCGCUGCACUCCCUUUUCUUUUUCGUUUUGAGUAGUGGAAGCGAAUUUCGGCGCUGCUGGCAACGGUGGACGCUCCUUCAACCUUACCCUUCAGGCUCAGCUCCUAUUUCCUAGUCGCCAGGUAGCACUACGGCUAUUUGGUGUGGUUGGCUGGUCUCCGUUUUUUUUUUCUAGGCUGUCUCCAUUGCAUUGGAUUCUUGCCACCGUUGUGACAUAUAUAUACAUAAUAGGACACAGCAAUCACAGAGGACGACGCCUAUCGCUAGAGUACCGUUGCAGUGACCUCUUUCUGACUGAAAGCUCCAUCUUAACUCCCGGUAUUUAAUUCACUUAUUAUUGUUAUUAUUCCUAUUACUGAGCGCUACGGCUUCCUUUCAUUUCUUUCCUUUCCUCCUUCCGUAUCAUGGGCAAUACGGGAAAUGCUGGUGAUGCCAAAAGGGAGGAAAUAGUAGGACUUAGCACCGGUUCAUCUCUUCCAAACACAAAUCUCCCUUUAGCAGAUGGUGGUGCGACGUCCCUGCUGACGCCAGCCUCUACCGCUUAUCCAACUUCGUCAUCUUCUUGCACAACAGCGGCAGCAGCGGCAGCAGUAGAGGAAGUUCCCAGAAUCUCGGACGGUGACGAGGAUGAGCUGACGGUGACCAAGUCGCUGCACGUGCGACGCGACUGGUACAGCACCCUUGCCACCUUUGUUGCCGGUGGCGUGGCGGGGGCGGCGAGUCGCACGCUGACCGCCCCGCUGGACCGCAUUAAACUUAUAGCGCAGGAGGGGCACCUCGUCCAGCCCCCCUCCGACUUAAAAACCUCUGCCGGUGGCGCUGUGGGCAACGCAAGAGCAGCGGCGUCGCUUCACCGCACUCACCCGAGCCUUCUCCAGGUGGCGCGUCUCAUCAAAGCCGACGGCGGUUGGCAAGCAUUCUGGAGAGGAAACGUCAUUAACUGCUUCAAGGCAGGUCCGGAGUUUGCCAUCGUCUUCUCGAUCCGACGGUACUUGUCGUCCUUGUACGAGGACUGCGCUGAGCGGGAGAAGCGACGUCGCAAGCGGUCCAUUGCACAAUGGAAAGGACACGACGAACGCAGCUUUGCCAUUAGCCUGCGCGAGGAGGAGGAGCGGGCGUCCAUGAUGGGAUCUUCGGCAUCAAGCACGUCGAAGGCACUUGCCGACGCAUCUCGUGCCAGCAGAUCCACCAGUCAUCAUCCCGGCAGCGAUGCAACGCCGACACGCUCGCCGCAUUCACUGUCCCCCGCCUCUUCGUCCUCUGCGCAUUCCUCUUCCACCCCAGAUUGGCAUUACUUGACGCCGCAGGAGCUGCACGAGCGGGAGCGCGUUAUAUCCGCGGAGGCGUCCAUCUUCACGCCACCUUUUAACCGGAUCGGCUGCCUAUCCUCUAUCCCGCAGCUACUCAUAAACUGUGUCGUCGGCGCCAUCGCCGGCCUCGGCGCGCAGGGCCUGUUGUACCCGUUAGAGGUGGUGAAGACGCGCGCGGUGGUGUCGCGCUCGAACGAGUACCGCGGCGGCUUCCGUGAAAUUGUGCGGUCGGGCUACCGAGAAGGCGGCAUCAAGGAGUUCUACAAAGGCUUCACCCCCAAUAUGGUCGGCAUUGUGGUGUACCGUGGCCUUGAAAUGGGUCUCUACUCUAGCGCCCAGCAGUCCAUCAUGCUCUAUCGCAUGCAGGUGCUGAAGAUGAACCGGCACGAGGCCAGCUUGAACUCAGCCGAGGUCGGCCUGGUUGGCAUGUUCGCCUCAACCGUCGCUCAGACCGUCUCCUACCCACUCAAUGUCAUUCGAACUCGCCUGCAAACGCAGGGGACCAACGGACGGGCGAAGAAGUACAAUGGAAUGCUGGACUGCUGUGUGAAGAUGAUCCGCAACAAGGGUGUCACCUCUCUGUUCAGUGGACUGACGGCGAACUAUUUGAAGGCGGUACCGGCGAGCGCGUGCACCUUCGUUGUGUUUGAGUGGACUCAGCGGCAGCUGGUGGAUGACGAUUCAUGA